AUGACAAAAGAACCUGGUUUCGCGGGUGUUUGCUGUGGGGGACGGGUGGGCGCACGCUGUGGUCCCGGCCUGGUGUGUGCAAGUCGCGCCACGGAGACGGCGCCCGAGGGCACGGGACUCUGCGUGUGCGCGCAGCGCGGCACGGUCUGCGGCUCCGACGGCCGCUCCUACUCCAGCAUCUGCGCGCUACGUCUGCGCGCCCGGCACGCACCCCGUGUGCACCUUGGCCACCUGCACAAGGCACGCGAUGGCCCCUGCGAGUUCGCUCCUGUGGUCCUCAUGCCACCUCGAGAUGUUCACAAUGUCACUGGGGCUCAAGUGUUCCUUUCGUGUGAGGUAAAGGCUGUGCCCACCCCGGUCAUCACCUGGAAGAAGGUCGUGGGUUCUCCUGAGGGCACUGAGGAGUUGGAGGAGUUGCCCGGAGACCAUAUCAAUAUAGCUGUCCAAGUGCGUGGGGGCCCUUCUGACCAUGAGACCACAUCCUGGAUUUUGAUCAACCCUCUGAGGAAGGAAGAUGAGGGAGUCUACCACUGUCACGCGACCAACGCAAUUGGCGAGGCCCAGUCCCACGGCACCGUGACAGUCCUCGAUCUGAGCAGAUACAAAAGCCUGCGCUCCCCAGUUCCAGCUGACCUCCUGCUUCUGGAGACACUGGUCAGAACAUGAUGGCGACAUCAAGGAGUGGAUCAUUUUGCUCUGUGAAAAUCUGGGGAGACUGCGUCGAUGACUCCUUUUUGUAUGUUUUUUAAAGAAAGGAAUGCACACUAGAUUCUUAUGCAGAUGUAGUUUUUAGCAGGGCAGACCUUGGGAAGACACAUGCAUGUAGCUUUUUUACAUUUUUGGGAUGAAUUGUUCUAGAACAAUUCUUUUUUUUAACUCUUUCUACCCCAGGAUGGGUCGCACACUGUGUGUUUGUAAUUUUAAAGGGCUCCAAACAAGGCAUGUGACUCAUUUGUGA